AUUUCUCUAAGGCGCCUUGGCCCUAUUUUUAGAGAGCGGUAUUUAGAAACCAAAAUUAGGGUGCUAACAAUUCUUUUUUUUUUUUUUUAAUUUUUAUAUUUUUAAGACAAGAUCUCACUUUGUAACACUUCCUUUUAGUGGAAGCGCCGACCUCCUAGGAGACCGACGCCCCCGGCCUCCUUCCGUCCGGUUUCUCAGGAAACCACCCAGACACCCCGCCCCACCUGCCGGGGCCCGCCGCGCAUGCGGGCCGCGGCGUGACGUCAGAACGGCGGCCAGGACGCCCGGCGUGCGGCAGUCGAAGGCGAGAAGGCAAGAAAUCGCCGCGGCGUCUUGGCGUUCUCUACUCUGGUUCGCAGGUGAAGAGAUGGCGUUUGUGAAGAGUGGCUGGUUGCUGCGACAGAGCACUAUUUUGAAGCGCUGGAAGAAGAACUGGUUUGAUCUGUGGUCAGAUGGUCACCUGAUCUAUUAUGAUGACCAGACUCGGCAGAAUAUCGAGGAUAAGGUCCACAUGCCAGUGGACUGCAUCAACAUCCGCACGGGGCAGGAAUGUCGGGAUAUUCAGCCCCCGGAUGGAAAGUCAAAAGACUGCAUGCUCCAGAUUGUUUGUCGAGAUGGGAAAACAAUUAGUCUUUGUGCAGAAAGCACAGAUGAUUGCUUGGCCUGGAAAUUUACACUCCAAGAUUCUAGGACAAACACGGCGUAUGUGGGCUCUGCAGUCAUGACUGAUGAGACAUCCGUGGUUUCCUCGCCUCCACCAUACACGGCCUAUGCUGCACCGGCCCCUGAGCAGGCUUACAGCUAUGGGCCAUACGGUGGUGCGUACCCACCAGGAACUCAAGUUGUCUACGCUGCGAAUGGGCAGGCGUAUGCCGUGCCCUACCAGUACCCAUAUGCAGGACUUUACGGACAGCAGCCUGUUAACCAAGUCAUCAUUCGAGAGCGGUAUCGAGACAACGACAGUGACCUGGCGCUGGGCAUGCUGGCAGGAGCAGCCACGGGCAUGGCCUUAGGGUCUCUAUUUUGGGUCUUCUAGGGGCCUCAAGGUCUUGAUGUGCAUAGCUUCUGAUAACCCUGUGUGCAAUAAUAUGAUUUGCAGGGCAUUUCUGUUUGUGACAUGUUUUUAAUAAUAGUUUUAAUCAUUCCUUUGAAAGUAGUGAUGUCAUAAUUGUACUAAUCCACGUAAAUACCACAGAGAAGGGUUUGAACUGUGCUAUUUUGUUCAAACGUUGGCUCUCCGGGGGCACUGGCUCAUUCCAAGACUGUCCUUGUGCAACUCUCAGAAUACCUUAUUUGAACAUACCUGUUUUGAAAGGCGUUUUCUUUUUAGAGUUAGGUGUAGUGCUUAAGGGUUAAUUUAUUUUCAUGUUAUGCCAGUAAUAUAGUGUUGUAUGCUUAAUGAGUGAUUGUGGCAAGAAAAGCUACAGCUUCUUUCUGUUUAACUUUUUCAAACCACAGACCAGAACUGGUUGCAUGUUACUUUAGGAGUUGUGGGUUGGUAAGCUCCCAGGUACUUCCCGAGGCUAUGGUGUGAGAGCCCCCAUCCUGCCCUCUGGGGCUCCACAGGCCCCCAGCAAGGCCGAUGGCUCAGGAUGAUGGGCACAGCCCGCCUUUGAAAAAUGAUGCUUCAGAAAUCUGCCUGACCCUAGCUUCUUAUUCUCACCUUAUUCUUGUAUGGCUUUGGUAGCCAUACUUGGAGAACAUAUCCCGCAUUAGGAAUUGAUUUGAGCCUGAGAGUUUGAGGGCUUUAUCCUUUAAAACUUGGAGAAGCCAGCUGGGCGCGGUGGCUCAUGCCUGUAAUCCCAGCACUUUGGGAGACCAAGGCAGGCGGAUCACAAGGUCAGGAGAUCGAGACCAUCCUGGCUAACACGGUGAAACCCCGUGUCUACUAAAAAUACAAAAAAUUAGCUGAGCGUGGUGGCGGGCGCCUGUGGUCCCAGCUACUCGGGAGGCUGAGGCAGGAGAAUGGUGUGAACCCAGGAGGCGGAGCUUGCAGUGAGCCAAGAUAGCGCCACUGCACUCCAGCCUGGGCGACAGAGUGAGACUGUCUCAAAAAAUAAAUAAAUCCUGGAGAAGCCAGAACAAUAACAAAAAAGUGUGGGGAGGCAGAUUUGCUUUAUUCCAAGAGGCUGUUUGUGUGUCUGCCCAAGCCUCCUUAUAGCCUAUUUUUCUACUUGCUGAGGGAGUAAUAUUAAAGGAACAGGGAGGGAGUGGAAGGAGAGCCUUAAAGCGUUCCCAUUUCAGGCCUUCGGGGGGUUGCACUGUGCGGGAGAUGCUCUCUCAUCACUCUGAAGGCCCAUCCUGUGCAGAAGUGGGGCUCUGUGGCAGUUCACUGAGCACCAGGGCAGACCGUAGCUGAACAGACUUGGGUUAUGGAUGGGAUAUGGGGCCCAGGGACCCUCAGGACACAGGGACUGGCUCAAGGUACCACUCAGCCUGGCCAGGACCCCCAGCUUUGCUUUUGUUCUUGAUCUCUUUGUGAUAGAGAAGCUUAGAACAUUGCAUUUGGAACCUCAAAAUGUGUGAGUCUUUGGAAAACCCAUUCCAGCCUUUCUUCAAAUGCUUAUUUUCAAUAUAUGAAGUGUGUAUUUGAAAUAUUCAUAUUUCUUUUAUUUCUUGUUUUCAAGCUCUGAAUUAUUGCAGUUUUCUGUCCUGCAUGCUUUCAACAGUGUGGUUUUACAGAGGCAGUUUAGCACAGUGAAUGUCCCUGCCCCACACUCCAUAUGGUCCUGUUUUCCCGAAAAUACACUCCAGGUAGCACAGACUUGUUAUUUUGCCUGGCUGGUUACACACAUGCUGUCUUGCUUUGCUGCUCAGCCACCUCCCUCUGAGGCGAACUUAGGCCAACCUACAUAGGACUCCAUUUGAAGCCAGACACCAGAGAAACCUAGUGGUGGCCACGGGUCUGCUUUUCUCUCUGAUCCUAGGGUACUUGUUGACAUGGGAGUGUCUGUUCCCACAUGGAAGGAGGUCUAUCUCUCAUCUCUUAAUAGAUGUAUGACAACUCUAGUGUCCAUGGUUUAAAAUGUUGCUUUGAGGAUUUUCCAUCCUGUAUAAGAAAAAUGGCUUUCUUCAGAUUAUAAUCGUUAUUAAAGCUGUAUGUACACUUUACUUAAAAACUAUUAACAGUUUUUCAUGUUGCACUGGUGGUAAUUUUGAACUUGGAAUUACUGGGUGGGAAGUCCAGGAACCAUAGAGUAUUGAUUUUUGCUGCCGAAAUGCUCUUGAGGCAGAUGUCCCUGUGCUCCCCUGGCUGCUUCUGGCUGAAGGGGGGAGGUGUAGACUGAAGCUUGGGCACUCGUGUGUCCCCUCCCCUGUCCCCAUUCCAGUGGGGCCAGUCUCAUUAGGCAGCCCUAGAUGAGCCUGGAACUGGACUGUCCUUAGUGACUUGGUCCUGGUAUGCAAUGCAUACUGGGGAUAAGGUUGCCCAGGUACUUUAUUUCCUUGGCCACAACUCCCAUAGAUGCCAAUGUUUUGAUAGCCUCAGUUUCUCAACGAUGGCUUUUGUUUACAGUGCUACACUUAAUAUAAGUCAAGAUGUGCUUGAGUUAGAAGAAGCUUCUUAUUCAGGUUUGAGUAAGCAUUUUACUUCCAUGUGUACUUUUAAAUAAUCCAUACCUUGAAGAAGUUGGCCAAUGAUAUUAUACACAUGCUGAUCUGAUUGUUCUUUUCAUUCCUUGAGUCAACUUCAGGGUCUUGGAUAUUAAAGAGAAGAAGGAGAAAUGUGGUUAAUGUUUUGGAUCAUCAUUUGUGAACAAGGCCAGACUGCCCAUUUUAGGCUAUCCAGGACUCAAGGUAGCCAUCUGGAUCAUAAGAAGGUCCUGCAGUUGAGGCAAGAUGACCCAAGUGUCUUUUCCACAAGUUUUGAUCCUUUGUAAUAUUUCUUUUUCCUUCCGUAGUGUAUGUAGAUACAAGGCAUGGAAUGCAGUUCCACUUUCUCCCCAGACUUGAUCUUUUUGUGAUUGCUUUCCCGUCUCUAGUAUUCUGUUGUGUCUAGAGAACUGGUUUUUUCCUACAUAUGCAAAUUGUACAUUUGUAAGUGAAAAUGUCAAUACAUUAAAGCAUUAACCUUAAAGCA